AUGCCGAUUUCUGCGCCCAAAAUCCCCGAAGGCUUGCCCGAGCUGAUGCGUGGGCUGGCCAAGAGCGUUAUCAAGGAAAACCCGGAAAACUUGUACGUACACGCCGCGGAAUACUUUGAGAAUUUGAUCCGCGAACGCGACGGCCAGCUCGGGUUGGGUUAUCAGGCGUUCGACGCCUACCAGGUGUACGCGGAUCAUAAGGAAAGGACCCGCGAAAAGUUGGGCCUCACGAAGGACCCUUCGCUUAGUGACGGUAUCGGUGGCGAUGGUGAUGAGAGCGGCAGUGGUGGAAGUGAGUCGAAAUCGCGGGGUCGCAAACGGCGUCGCGCUCGGAAACCAUCGUCGAGGGAGAAGGACAUUCCGUUGACCAUGGUGGGGAAGCCACCGAGCAGUGAGGAUGGGGAUGCGGGAAAACCCGUGAUGUCGCUCUCGGACGAAAGUGUCCCGGUGCCGGUGGUGGAGCAGGAGAUUGUGAAGGUACACUAUAACCCUCCGGAAGCGCCUCCGACACCGGCCAGGGUUGUGAGCGCACAGUCCAUGGAAGCGGAACAGGCCGUUUCCAGCGUCCUGGAGGAUGACCAGAUACUGGAUUCGGAGGGUACGGGUGGUAAGGAGACCGGUGACGAGCUGGCGGAUAAUGGGGACGAGAUUGGAACGGCUCCCAGUACGGCCGAAAUUACUGAGCAAUCACGUGCCGUGAUUAGCGAGGCGGAGCUAAACGAGGCGAUGGCCUUGCAGGAUAUGGAAACGUGUUUCAUGCAUGCAAACGUGGAUGAUAUAUUAGAGAAGGGUCCGGAGGAACCUAUGGUUGUGAAUGAGGAACCAGAAACGCGAGCAAAAGGGGCAAAAUCACCCAACGCUCUCGAGGGAGAGGAUAUUCCGGAGGGACCUGAGACCGUAGAAGCGCCCGGCGUCAAUGUUGCAGCCGAUAAUGGUAUUGCUAUCCGUGAGGAUGAUCCGGAGAAAAGUGUUGGUGAUAGUGGCUUACCUGAUGAUGCGAUUCCAUCUGAAAAGGUUGCCGAUAUAACGCCGGAAAGAGAUCUCACUCCGACGGCACCGGAGGAAGCCAAUGUUGAUACCGCAGCGACCACUGCAAGCCUCGAAGAACAGGCUACAGAAGAUGUCUCAAAACCUUCCGAGGAAGUAAACGAAGCGGGUGCUGAAAUUGCAGAAGCAAGCGAUACAAAGGUUGAUGAAGUGAGUGAAGAACUACAAGAAAUGGGAACGAAAGGUGAACUAAAGGAGGCCGCUGUCGAUGAAAGUAGCAUAGAAGGCCCACCAGCAGAGGAAUUGCUUAAGCCUGUUACUAAACUGGACAACGAAAGUAGCGAAGAUCAGCCGCAGUUAGAAGAAACGGUGGAACCAGUGAUAACUCCAGUGGCCGUUGAAGACAGUGAAGAGCAAUCCGUUUCUACGGAAACGCAAAGGCCAGUAAUUCAGGAAGUCGUUGAAGGUGUUAAUGAAUCGACGUCUGCUGCUGAGGGAGAGAAUGCAAAAAUACUAGCUGCAACAGUAUCCCCGGAAGCAGCUAAUCAAGAUGAAGAAACAGCUUCAGCUGAUCGUGAUGAUCGGAACGAAUCCGAUGGGACAAUUGUACCAGAACCAGUGAUUGAUCAACAGGACGCAUUGAUUGAGAAGGCAGCUGAGGAUUCGCCUUCACAACAAGCUGAAGAACCGCUAGUGAUCGCUUCAAGGUUAGGAAAUGACGAGGAACAGGUUGUUGAUGAAACUGAAACAAGUGCAUUGCCGACAAACAGCGGUUCUGAUCCUGUUGAGGAAGCGGUAGCAAUUGUAGAAUCACCACUAGGUACCGCUAGACAGGUAACCGAGGAGAGUGAACCUGAACCUGCACAAAAUGAACCAGAACCAACUAAUGAAGAUGAAGGCGAUGCAGAUACGAAUAAAGCAGAGAUUGAAACUAUUGCUAAAAAUAAUGAAACUAUCGAAGACGCACCACAAGAGAACGCAAUCAAAUCGAACGAUGACGCGAUAGCAAACUCGCAAGAAAAACCAACCGAUGAAGAUGUCGCUACGGCCGAUAAUGGAGUGGUCAAUUCAGGAAGUGAUACUUCAUCACCAGAGAGCACUUCUGCAGAGAAGAACGAACACGUAGAGCCAGCAAAUGCAAACGAUGUGGAACAAGACAUUAAAAACCCCUCUAUUGACGAGGAUCCUGAGACAAAAGUGAAAAACGUGACCGGUUCAAAGGAAGAAACCCCCGAAGCAGAAGCUGUCGAUGGUGAAAAAGGUGUUGCAGAUCCUCCGAUCGAUUCACCAGUACCUGAAGCAGAGAGGAACAUUGCUUCACCUGAAAGUUUAGAAAAACAAAACCUCUCAGAGUCCAAAGACGAUGCUACGGUACCGGACGCGGAGUCAUCUCAGGCUUUACCCGAUCAGCCAUUUACUCCCGAGUCGGAACAGUUGGCAGAUGAAUCGAAGGAGCAACAGGAAUCAGGCCAUGAAAAAACUGUCGAUUUUGAGGCUGUUAGUGACGAAAAGGAAGCUGGUGAGGCUCAGGUGGAUCACCAGCGGUCAAACGAUGGAGAGGUAAUUAAAGAUGAAACUGUUAAAGAUGGCGAUGAUUUGCUAACUAAGGCUCGAUCUCUUGAAGAUUCAGUCCUCGCCGACGGUACAGUAGUUGUGCCUGAGCAGGUGGUUAGCGGGGAACCGAACGGUGAAGAAAAGAUACCCGAAACGGUUGGUGGAGAUUCGGCUGCUGAGGGCGCGGUGUCUAGCCAGGGAGGCGUCCAGGAGGCAGCAAGCCAGGAUGCAACAGCCAAAGAGCCGGAGCAAGAGCAAUCUUCAGUGGAUGAGACACAACCUGCCGACGAUGCUGAAAAGACAGAAGAGGGAACAAUCGCGAAUGCUACUGACGAUGGGGAGAACGUAAACAGCGAAGGACAAGUUGAAGAAAUCAAAUCAAAGUCCUUAGAACUACUCGAUGAACAACCGGCGCUGAAUAGUGCUUCAUCAGAGCCAGCGUUGAACUCGGAGGAAAAAGUCGAAGACAAACAGGGUGAUGAGAAACGUUCAGAAUCUCUCAAGGAUGUGGAUGAAACUCAAGACCAAAGUCCUGCAAGAGACACUGCCACUAGUGCCGCUGAGAGUUUGGCGGAUGGAGAAGCUGAAGCAAAAGACUCGAAUGAGGUUGUUGUUGAGCGUACAGACGGUAAGGAUGUUGAAGAUACCCCUGAAGAAGAUAAAUUAAAGGACAAAGGUACGUCCAUCUACGAAGAGGCGAGCCCGGAAAAACCGGCCGAUGAUGAACAACACGUAACGGAUGUCGUAGAAGCGGAAACAAAGGAACCAGUAGCUCAGGAUACUUCUAAUUCGGAAGGUGCAGAUAUGCCUGUUACAGAUGCGCCUGAAGGUGCAGACAGCCCAAAGGAAGUGGUUGAAGAGCCUUGCGUGAAGCGUGUAGUGACACCCUCGAAAACAGGCCGCCUCGAGCGGGCCGAUAGCUCCGACAAGCAGGUGGAGGAGCUGGAAGAAAUCAAGAAAGUGGACCUGAGCCAGCUGAGCAAAAAUUCGGCGGAAGCGUUGUUCUACAGCCUGAAGAAGAGCGAGCUGGAAAAUCAAGACCCAGCCGAUGCUGUGGAACCGGAAGAAGCCAAGGGUAUGAUAGAUCCUGAACCCGAAGAAGCCAAGGGUAUGAUAGAUCCUGAACCCGAAAGGCAAGACACCGUUGAAGGUGAUGGAGACGAUGACAAGGACGUCGUAGUGAAAGAGGAACCACACCCGAUCCAGGGCGCAGAAAGUCCGAAACGUGGCUUUACGGAUGAUUUUUUAGAUGAAACCCCCAUCACGGAGGUGGCCCCGAUGGCAAGUGAUGGGGUAGAGCAAGAACCGCAACGGGAUGCUCCCGUUGAAUCCUCGGUUCUGGAAGCGAGCGAGCGACAGGACGAGUUUAACCCGAUGGUAAUGGUGUCGAUGCGAUCGAAGCAAUUCCAGGAGCAAUUACACGGACGCGCUGUGGCACGGGACACGGAUCAAGCAGACACACAGGACAUGCAGACAGAGGACUGUACACCGAAACGACCCACAAUGCGUCGGUGCAUGACCGAGAUGUCGGGAUUGCAGCGGUUUGACACGCUAGCGAUCGAGGACGAACCGGUCGAUCCGGAUUACGUCGAGGAAGAGGACCAAUUCGAUGGGUACUACAUUGGGCACAUCAAGAACAAGAUCCUUGCCUCGUCGGUGUCCGUCGCCGAUUCGGAUUGCUACGAUGCGGCUCGCUCAUCAGUGGAGUCGGUUGAUGAGAACAACGUGCGAACGGCGCUAGAAACGAUCGCAUCCACUGAUACCGAGUCGACGAUCGCUUCACAGGCCACCAUCCAGCAGGCUGCAGGUCGGCGUAGUUAUCUACGGAAGCACUCACAGAACGCGUCCUCCAACAUACCGUACGCGUCAUUCGGGAAUGCCGCCAUCGAUCGAUCGCUGGAUGAGUUUAUCGAGCGUGAAGAGCGCCACAAACAGGACGAAGCGUUGGCCGAGGCAGCCACCAAGAUCCAGCGAUCCUACAGAACACACAAGAAGAAGUUGUUGCGAGACUACCACAGCACCAUGCGAACCUUUACCGAGGAUCAAUCGGCUGAGAGUGGGGAAGAGACCGCUGCGAACGUGAUCCAGAUCAAGCUCGAUCAAAGACGCACACCUGGCGGGAUCGCGGAGGAGACAACACCCGUGGAGGGUGACGUUGGUGCGGAGAGCGAUUCUACGAUGGCCACUCUGCCGGUUGGUCCCGGGAAACGCCCGAUGUACAGCUUGAACAUCGACGAAUACGAUACGGUAGCUCGACGCAUGACGCUAACACGUGGUGUGGCGAUGCAACGCAACUCCACACCGGAAGAUGACUCGGGUAAAUCAGCGAACGUGUCCACCGACCGGAAACCAUCGUUGGGUGGUGCUCCAGUAGCUCCAGAAACGCAACCAACCAGUGGUUCCGGUGAUGCUCCAUCUGGACCCGAACGGAGUUCUUCCGACUCGUCGGAGGAACGACCCGCUGCCGUAGGUCCAACCGGAAGUUCCAGUGACGAGCGAGAUACCAAGGACGCAACCCGCAGUUCAUCACGAUCAAAACCGCUCAGUACCGGCCGGACCACGUACGCCCAGCUGGACGUGCAAAAUUUGCUGCUAAUCGCGCGGCAACGCACGAUGCCAGUGCAGAUCGACUCGUCCGUCAUCCGGGUGCUGCCGAAGCACAUGCGCAAACGGAUCAGCAGCGCCGGUAUGCUGCCUGGCAAUGGCAAACGCAAGUAAUCGGAACCGGAAGUUGGUUUCAACUAGUA